AUGACAGAUAUUCAAGGUCUUUUUAAACAACAUUGUGUAGUUCCCGAUGUGAUCAAUACUGCACCAUCAGAACUGCUGAACGUUCAAUACUCUAGCGGUGUUAACGUCGAAUUGGGAAAAGAAUUAACUCCAACGCAAGUGAAAGAUAAGCCGAUAGUAAAAUGGGCAGCUAAGGAAAAUGAGUACUAUACAUUGGCGAUGGUAGAUCCCGAUGCACCAAGCCGUGAGAAUCCUAAAUUUAGAGAAUGGCAUCAUUGGUUGGUUGGGAAUAUAUUUGGCGGAGAUUUUAACAAAGGUGAAAUUUUAUCUGAUUAUAUCGGUUCUGGUCCUCCUAAAGGCACUGGUUUGCAUAGAUAUGUAUUUCUUGUUUAUAAACAACCACAGAAAUGUGAUUUUUCUAAAAUGCCGAAGCUCCCCAGCAAUUCGGGUGAUAAAAGAGGAAAGUUUUCGAUUUCUAAGUUUGCGCAACAAUAUAAAUUAGGAAGUCCCAUUGCUGGAAAUUUCUAUGUCGCUCAAUAUGACGAUUAUGUGCCCAAAUUAUAUGCGAAACUCAAAGGAUAAUAUUGUAUAAAAUAUUAUUUCCAAGCUAAGACUAUACCAAAAUCACGAUAUGUGUACACUGGCCUUUAGUUCUAUAUUGUCUAUGACACCGAUCGAUAAUUUCCGCCUCCGCGUGACAUUCCCAUUUUUCUCAUUUGUGGUUGUGUCCGCCAUUACAAUUUGGAGUUAGCAUAAAAUUGGUCAUUAGUGUGUGAACACGCGGCGUGCGCGUUAUCAGUGACAUUAGUAUAGCGGCAGUGCGUAGUAUCGCAGCGUUUUGUUGAAACAAA